AGUCAUAUAGUGGCCAAUCAUAAGAGAGAAAAAUGAAUGACAAGUAACGGCGACCAAUAACCGUUUGAGAGGCGAUCAAUAAGCGUUUGAGAAGGGGAAGAGCGGCCAAUAGCGCCGCUGUGUGGGCGGAGUUACCCGUGGAAGCAAAGAGAAACCCAUUUUGCCAUACAUUGAAGCGUCAACAUGUACGGGAGAGGCAGAGACGGAUAUAAGGAAAGAAGAAGAGACGGCGGGCCCGGAUAUGGUUAUGGUUGGGACUUAUACCCAGAACCUUGGAUGUCCCCCUAUGAUGGACCGAACAGAGGAAGUUACUAUGACCGACAAGAAAGAAGCAGAUACAGUUAUUCUGAGCCUGAACAAGGAUAUAGAGGACAGAGAAAGCAGCGUCCACCUCAUCAUGCAUCACCACGGGGGAGAGGUGACCCAAGAGGGGGCUUGAGGGGUAACUUUCGGCCAUCUAGACCUGCAAGAGGUGCAAGACAUCCUAAUCAUCCACCAAUCUCAGAUAUGGAGCAAUUCCAGCAACUGAAGCCGUUUGUGGAUAACUUUUACUUUGGGGGAGGGUUCAACAUCCAAUACAAAAGGAAAGGAAAACAGAAUAAAACAUCUGACGGAGGACAGCCUCCUGAGAAAAAGAUGAAGACUUCAGCAGAGAACAGCAAGUCUGAGGAGCCGGGAUCAGAGGGAGGUGGCAAUUCUGAGGAACCGGACCAGAGUACAAUGAAUGAUGGAGAACAAGAAGCUGGGACACAGGAGAAAGCAGAACAGACACAGUCAUCUGACACAAAGCACCAAGACGGUCUGAAUGAAUUCAUGGAUGUCAUUAUGUCAAAUAAGAUCCAGUUUUCCUGCGGCCUAUGUAGGUUCCGCACAUUCUACGAGGAUGAGUGGAACAAAUCACCUGAAGACCACCCAUCACAGUCGGCAUCUCCGCUAUGUGGAAAAUAAGCUUUCCAAUAAGGAGGCAGACUUCC